AUGAGCGAAAGUUUACGAGCAAGUAAUGUUAUGUCUGGUGAACCAAGGUGGGUUAAGUAUCAUGUCAAUGGUCUUUUUUUGCCCUCUAGUGUUAUGCGAGUGAAGAAGGCUAUAAUGUUGCUUGAUGAUGUUUUGAUAAAAGAUGUUGUGGUGAACGUAGAGGAUGGUUUAGUUUGUGUAGAAGUUUUUAGUGAAGAUAAGAAUUUUGAGUGGCGUAUUCGUGAUGUAAUCGUUUCUCUGGGAUUUUGUGUUAAAUGUGAAUCUGCUGUAGUGAGUAAUUUUUUGAUUGAAGGAAUGUCUUGUGCAUCGUGCGCUUCACGAAUUGAAUCCCAUCUACGAAGCCAACCUGGAGUUUUUAGUGUUAGUAUUAACUAUGCAACGAUGAGUGGUCAGGUUGAGCAUGAUGAAAAGGUAAUUACUGCCUCACAAUUAAUGGAGGAAAUUGAAAAAAUGGGUUAUACCGUUACUCUUCGAGCUAAUCUAUUAAAUACGGCUCACCCAUUUUACGGUACUGAUACUGGUGAUAUAAGACUAAUGAUUGGUGGUAUGUCUUGUGCCUCUUGUGCCUCACGAAUAGAGUCGUGCGUGCGAAGGUUGGAUGAUGUAGAAGACUGUGUGGUAAAUUUUUCAACAGCGACUUGUACCGUCUACUUGAAACCAGGGGGUGAUAUUGAGCAUGUUAAAGAUAAGAUCGUUUCCAUGGGAUUUACUGUAUGCGUUAUUAGCGGGUACGUGGAAACAGGUGGUGUUAGUGAAACAAAGAAUGCUUUGGAGCGAGCGCGUGAAAUUGAAGAACAUAAAAAAGGUUUUAUAGGAUCUGCAUUGUUAGCAGCUCCUAUGGGAGUAGUUAUGUUGUUAAUGACAACUACAAAUGUUCUUGAUGAUAUUUUUCUCAUGGAAUUAGUGGAGGGAUUGCAAUUUUUGUUAACUACACCAAUUAUAUUUUACUUUGGAUCUGGUUUUUUUACACGGGCGUGGCAAAACCUGCUUCAUAAUUCGUUUACGAUGGAUACAUUGGUUGCUAUAGGUACUGGUGCUUCUUACUUGUAUUCUGUGGUUGCAUAUUCUGUGACACUUUUAACGCAACAUCACAUGAUGACAUAUUUUGAUACUGCUGGUAUGUUACUUGCCUUUAUGUUACUAGGACGUUACCUGGAGGCGCGAGCCAAACGAAGUACUAGUGAUGCCCUAAUUGAGUUAAUGAAUUUGGUUCCUCCUGUCUCUAUUAUUGUUACACCGCAGGGCGAUUUAACUGUACCAUCCACCUCUGUUAAAAAAGGCAUGCGAGUUCGUGUGUUAGCUGGUGACCGUAUCCCGGUGGAUGGCACUGUUGUGGAGGGAAUGACAGAUGUUGACGAGCAGAUGGUAACAGGUGAGGCAGUACUUAAAACAAUAAAGCCUGGAUCUAAAGUAAUUGGUGGCACAACCAAUGUCACCUCAAUGUUUGUUAUGCAGGCAGAUAGAAUUGGUGAGGAAACUAUGCUAUCCCAAAUCCUUCGCGUAGUGCAAGAUGCCCAGAACAGUAAACCUGCUAUUCAACGAAUUGCUGAUCAGGUAGCUGCCUACUUUGUACCGAUUGUCAUUAUCUUUUCUAUAUCCGUUUUUUUGAUUUGGUUACUUAUUGGAGUUUUUGAUGUGUAUCCAUCGGAGUGGCGCCGUCACCAGGAGUCAAUAUUAGUUUUCGCUUUGGAUUUUUUUAUUUCAACAAUUGUCGCAGCAUGCCCUUGUGCAUUGGGACUUGCUACUCCCACUGCCAUCAUGGUAGGAACCGGUGUCGGGGCUAAGAAUGGUAUAUUAGUGAAAUCUGGUGCUAUACUAGAAGUUGUACAUCGCUCUCGUUGUAUUGUAUUUGAUAAAACGGGAACAAUAACAAACGGCAAACUGCGAGUCGUAUUUAAUAAGUGUUAUGGAGAAGAUGUCAGUACGGUAAUAAAUGCAGUGGGAAGUGUUGAACAGCAAUCCAACCACCCUGUGGCAAAGGCAGUAGCUGCUAGUAUUAUUCCAGUAAAUCAGGUGCCAAUGUACGAAGUAUUAAACUCUAAAACACUUAGUGGUUUAGGUGUUGAGGCUUUUGUACGUAGUAUCGAAAAUGGGGCAGAGUUUGAAGUGCAUGUUGGAAGUCUUGCAAUGAUGCAGCAGAUAAACAUAAACAUAUCACUUGAAGUUCAACGUACAGUACAGCGACAAGCCGACCUUGGAAGAACCAUUGUAAUUGGCGCUGUAAAUGGUAUAGCAAGACUUGUCGUUGCACUCUCAGAUGAACCAAAAGACGAAGCGCUAGGUGUUGUUCGUUACUUACAGAAUCAACACUUCCGUGUUCUUUUGGUAACAGGUGAUAACAAGAAUGCUGCUGCACACGUAGCCUCUGCCGUUGGAAUUCAUCCUGGAAACGUUUUUUCUGAGGUUCUUCCCACGACAAAGGCAGAUAUAGUAAAGCAACUACAAGAAGAAGGAAACCACGUGAUUUUCAUUGGGGAUGGUAUAAAUGACAGUCCAGCCCUGGCGCAAGCGGAUGUUGGUGUUGCUCUUGGGGCAGGAACCGAAAUAGCUAUUGAGGCGGCUGAUGUUGUGCUGCUGAACAACAACUUAGUCGAUCUAUUAAAUCUGCAGGCGCUUUCGGUUGUGACAGUUCGGCGGGUUUAUGGGAACUUUAUUUGGGCUUUUGGCUACAAUAUUGUCAUGCUUCCACUAGCUAGUGGAAUGUUGUACCCACUACUACAGAUAAAACUUCCUCCCAUAAUUGCAGGAUCAGCGAUGAUAUUGUCUAGUUUAAGUGUUUUAUUGUCAAGUCUUUCAAUCCGCUGUUUCAAACCCUUUUUACAAGACAGAUUUACUAUUACUUUUUGA